AUGGUCUCGGACACUAUCCGCUGGUCACGGGACAUCUACACGGAGCACAUCACCGGCCACCGACAAUACCGGGAGGAGCAGGGUGGGGGCGCCGUGGGGGGUGCUGCGGCUCAGAGCUGCCCCAUCUCUCGCCCCCCCAGGAUCUCCAUCCCGGCCCUGCUGCCCCAAGGCCCCGCCAAGAAGUGGCUGGAGCAGCGCCGGGCCACCCUGCGCCCCUGGGGCACCUUCGCCGACCAGCGCCGGUUCGGGAAGCCCCGGAACUUCGGGGAGCUCUGCCAGCGCCUGGCGCGCAACGUGGAGUAUUUCCAGAGCAACUACGUCUUCGUCUUCCUGGGGCUCAUCCUCUACUGCCUGUGAGCCGGGGGGCAGGUGGACGGGGCCCGGGGGCAGGGGGGUGGGGCGGGUGGAUGGGGGCCCAGGAGGCUGCCCCCCGUUCUCUCUCUCUCCCCCCCAGGCCGGGAGCUCGGCACGGCUCACCAGUACGGCCUGGCCGGGGGUGUCUCCUUCCCCUUCUUCUGGCUGGCAGGGGCCGGAUCCGCCGUCUUCUGGGUGCUGGGUGCCACCCUGGUGGUGAUUGGCUCCCACGCUGCCUUCCAUGAGCUGGAGUCGGGGGAGGCUGAUGAGCUGCAGAUGGAGCCCGUGUGAUGGGGGUACAGGGACUCCCCUAGCAGCACCCCCAGGGGGCAGGGACCCCCCCACCAGCCCCCCUUCUGGCAGGACCCCCUGGGGGGCGGGACCCCCCCCAGAUCAUGGUUACUCUUUCCUGCCAUUUCUACCCAGCCUCACCGCCCCCCAGCUCCCUCCACCUCCCCCUUUCUGGGCUCCCCCCCCCUUGUCGACUUCCCACCUUAUGCCCCCAGCCCCCCCAAUCACCCCCCAUGUCCCCAUUGUAGGGGUCCUGCUCCGGACCAGGGUUCCCUGUUUCCUCCCACUGUCAAUUUGACCCUGGGCUUCCCACGCUGCUGGUUGGGCUGGGGUCGCUCCUGCCCCCCAUGUCCCCCCCCCCAUAUCUGUGUCUUUCCCCAUUAAAGGACAUGUGGAGGAGUGGA